UCUCUCUCUAAUCAGAAAUCAAAAAGAGCACACAGACUCCUCCUUCUAUUCCCUUGCUCUCCCUCUUUCUCUCUGUCUACCUCUUUUCUUUCUCAGAUGCCCCUCUCUCACUCAUGCCACUCUUGUAGUGGACUGUACGGACAGAAAUGUGGACAAUCGUCCUCUCACUCUUCCUCUCACUCCAGCCCGGUUUGGCUGAAGAAGUGAUGCUGCUGGACACCACUGAAUCCACGACUGAACUCGGCUGGACAACUUAUCCUGCUACUGGGUGGGAUGAAGUGAGUGCGCUUGAUGACAAGGGCAAGCUUAUCCGCACCUUUGAGGUGUGCAACGUCCAUCAAAACCAGCGUCUCCAUGACAACUGGUUGGCCACUCCCUUCCUGUACAGGCAGUCGGCUCCUCGGAUCUUUGUAACGCUACGUUUUUCUGUACGUGACUGCGCCAGUCUGCGCUCACCGUCACCGACCUGCAGGGAGACCCUCACACUCUACUACAGGCAGGCCGACUCUCAGAGAGAACUGGAGAGAACCUGGAGCGCAGAGCCUUCAAGUGUGGAGACCAGAGAGGGUUGGGUGAAGAUAGACACUAUCGCAGCAGACAAGAGUUUCAGCCGUGUAGAGCCGAGUCUUCCUCACCAAUACAAACCAGACCGGAUGCGCCGCAUCAACAUCAAGACCCGCAGCUUUGCCCCCCUUACACGUAGCGGAUUUGUGCUGGCUAUAGUAGACAGUGGAGCAUGUGUGUCACUCAUGGGUGUGUCCAUAUUUUAUCGCCGCUGUCCCGCAACAACUCUGUACCUGGCCUCGUAUGUGGCCACGCCCUCAGGGGCAGAGCCUACAGCUCUGGUGCCAGUGACCGGGACCUGUGUACCUCACAGCCAAUCCCAGGGCGGGACGGCUCCCCGGAUGCACUGUAAUGCAGAGGGUGAAUGGAUGGUGCCUGUAGGAGGGUGCACAUGUGAUGCAGGAUAUGAACCAAAUCAUAAUGGCUCUGCCUGUCUUGCCUGUCAGCUGGGCUUCUAUAAAGCUGUGUCGGGUUCAAUUUCAUGCACUGAGUGUCCAGCUAAUAGCAGAACCAGCUUGGAGGCUUCUAAAGUGUGUGAGUGUCGCAGUGGGUUCUACCGGGCACCAAAUGAUGCCAACACUACUGCCUGCACUGCCCCCCCUUCAGCCCCUGUUUCUCUGUCCUGGGAGUACAAGAGCUCAGAGGAAGGGGUGUCUCUACGUUGGAAGCCCCCACUGGACCUGGGGGGUCGGAGUGAAGUGACAUAUGGGGUGGUGUGCAGAAUCUGUCCCUCAGCCACAGAGAUACAUCCUAGUGUCUGCUCCUGGUGUGGAGAUUCGGUCACGUAUACACCCUCUAAAAGUGGCUUCAGACAAACUAAAAUCACCCUCAGCAAUCUACUUACCCGAGUCACCUAUCUCAUCCAGGUUCAAGCCAUGAACGAUGUGUCUCCUCUCAGUCCCUUCCCACCACAGUUUGCUAGUAUCAACUUCACCACCAGCCAGUCAGUACCUUCCGAGGUUCCCAUACUGCAUCAGCUCAACACUGCUCCAGAUUCCAUCACUCUAUCCUGGCCUCAGCCAGACCGGCCCAACGGAGACAUCCUGGAGUACCAGCUCAGAUACUACGACAAGAGCUCUGAUGAGAGCAGCGCAACCAGUGUGUUCACUGAGACCAACACCGUGACCGUGGCUGCUCUGACCCCAGGCUCCAUUUACGCCUUCCAGAUCCGAGCCCGCAAUGAGAGAGGCUUUGGCCCUUACAGCAAUUCAGUUUACUUCAGCACUCUGGCUAUAGAAGAGCGGUCAAGGCAAAUUCAGAACCGCCUACCUCUGCUGGUCGGGUCUGUGAUGGGUGGAGCUGCAUUUCUAUUAGUUGUGGCAGCAGUCAUCAUCGUGUUUGUCUUCAGGACUAAAAGGAGAGAGAGCCAUUACAGUGACAGACUUCAGAGAUAUAUUAGCAACCGAGCUGGGGUAAAGUAUUACGUGGAUCCUUCCUCUUAUGAGGAUCCAAGUGAGGCAGUUAAAGAAUUUGCCAGAGAAAUUGACCCUGCUCACCUGAAGAUUGAGGAAGUCAUUGGUGCUGCUCAGUUUGGUGAGGUGUCCAGGGGCAGGUACAGACCGUUGGGUCGUAGAGAAGUGCUGGUAGUGGUGAAGACUCUGCGCUGGGGAGUCACAGAGCGUGAGAGAGGAGUGUUCCUCAGCGAGGCUGGGGUCCUGGGCCAGUUCGAUCACCCCAAUGUGCUGAAGCUUGAGGGUGUGAUCACGCACACGCCUCCUGAGCGCAUCAUUAUGGAGUUUAUGGAGAACGGCCCCCUGGAUGCCUUCCUCAGGGAAAACGAGGAUCAGUUCAGUGUGUUGCAGCUGGUGGGUAUGGUGAGAGGCAUUGGAGCAGGAAUGUGUUACCUUUCUGAGAGGAACUUUGUGCAUCGUGACCUCGCAGCUCGAAACAUUCUGGUGAACUCAAACCUAGUUUGUAAGGUCUCAGACUUCGGCUUGUCACGGCUCAUGAAGGACCUGGACCAUAAUAUGCCCACCUACACUGCAUCACUGGGUUGUAAAAUACCUAUAAGGUGGACAGCUCCUGAGGCUUUCCAGCAUCGUAAAUUCAGCUCGGCUAGUGAUGUCUGGAGCUUUGGGAUCCUCAUGUGGGAGGUGAUGUCAUAUGGAGAACGGCCAUAUUGGGACAUGAGCAACCAGGAAGUAAUGAAGGCAGUAGUUGAUCAGUAUCGUCUUCCCGCUCCUAACAGUUGCCCUCCUGUCCUCCACGCUCUGAUGCUGCAGUGUUGGCAAGCUGAUCGACAGGACCGUCCCAGAUUCGACGCUAUCCUGUCUUCUCUGGAUCGUCUCAUACGUCACCCUGCAUCCCUGAAGGCUGAGCAUGCUCGGCCCACCCAACCCCUGCUUAGCCCCUCCUCCACAGAUCUGGCAACAGUGACGACGGUCAGUGAGUGGCUAAGUGCACUAAGGAUGGACUGCUACAAGGAUGAGUUCGAGAGAGCACAGCUGCACAGCCUGGAGAGAGUGAGCUUGCUUACUAUGGAGGAUGUACAGGCUUUGGGAGUGAACCUUUUGGGUCAUCAACGGAAGAUUGUGAAUGCAGCCCAGCAGCUCAGGACUCAUCUCACUCAGGGACAGGUGGAGGUGUAAAGGACUUUUCCCUCCUUUCUUGUGGACACUAUAAUACACAGAUGUCCAGUCCAGCUUACACAGCAGCCCAAGCCAUGCAGCACGGGGAGAUUCAGCGGACUAAGUGUUGUGGCACAAUAAGAACAUUGUUUUUCAGUAUUUAUUUGCUCAUCAAUCUGCCAGUACGUCUCUUGUUUACCCACCAAUUUUCUCUCUUCCUUGUCAUGAUUGUUUAAGUGCCCAUAUUCCUCUCUCCUUUGUCUCCAUUGUUUAUCCAUCCAUAUUUUUGUCUGCCUUGUUUUUCCAACACUCCCCCACACACACCCAAACGUCCAUUCUUCUUUAAUGCAGAUUGUCUGGGGGGGGAAAAAAAGGGAGUUACCACUACAGUCAACUGCAAAGACAGUCGAUGACAGUGUUUGACUGACUGAAAAUACUAAUUCACAUAUUUUCCACUUUAUUCCAAGACUUCACAUCUCUAUUGAUUAGGGACCCAUCCAUCCAUCCAUUAUCUGUAGCUGCUUAUCCUGUUCUACAGGGUUGCAGGCAAGAUGGAGCCUAUCCCAGCUGACUAUGGGUGAGAGGCGGGGUACACCCUGGACAAGUCACCAGGUUAUCGUAGGGCUGACACAUAGAGAAAAACAACCAUUCACACCUACAGUCAAUUUAGAGCCACCAGUUAACCUAAUCUGCAUGUCUUUGGACUGUGGGGGAAACCAGAGCACCCGGAGGAAACCUACACAGACACAGGGAGAACAUGCAAGCUCCACACAGAAAGACCCUUGCCGGCCACUGGGCUUGAACCCAGGACCUUCUUGCUGUGAGGUGACAGUGCUAACCACUACACCACCAUGCUGCCCUGAUUAGGGACCCUGUUCCUUUAAUCUACAUAAGGCUGUUCAUCAGUCAUUCACAAACCAAAUCACAUUUGUUUUGAAGCAAGUAACACUUACAACUGUGCAGGGCAGUGAAGUUAAGAUGCUAGAGCUUGUAUGAUUAUAUUCGGUUGCUUUGGAUUCAUUUAUUAAUUUCAAGGAUCAAUCAGAAUGAGAGAUUAUUUCACUUUCUUCGUAAUUAUGAGAGGGAUGCAAAUUGGGACUUUUAUGUCUGUUUAAGGUAAUUUAUGUACCUUUUUAAAAAGCAAAUCACUUCCAUUCAACACGAUGCCACAGCCCUUUCAGUUUUACUCAAUUUACAAUUCAUAGACAGACACUUAGUAUUCGUCUUUGUGUUCAUUACAUUACAAAAAAAAAAUCCAAUUACAAGGCUGAGGUGGCCCAAAUCCAGUUUUUUGUUUUGUUUUUGUUAUAUGAAUGAUUGCUUUUUAUUUUUUCAAAUACAGUAUAAUUUAAACCAUGUUUAUGUGAUCCUAGAUUGCAUUCAUAUCUGGUACAUGACUAGUUGAUUGUUAAGAAUUAAAUUCAAAUGAGCUUU